CCUGUCCCCGGGCUACAUUAACAAAUCCUGCUGCCCUCCACCCCUCCUGCUCCAGGAGCAGACAGCGGUAACUCGGCCCUGAAGCAGCGGCUCUCCUCCUCCAGCAGCCCGGCCUAGACAUGGGGGGAAUAAUCCAGCCACGGCGCAUGUUCCUCUGGAGCAUGGCGGUCAUCUAUCUGGCUGCCUUUGUAUCCCUCUACGUGCAAAUACCAGGUCUCUAUGGUAAUGAAGGGCUGCUGCCUGCGCGCUGGCAGCUAAAAUACAGCGGUAAGUCUCUCUGGGAGCAGCUGCUGUCUUCCCCCAGCCUGCUGUGGUUUGGCCCUCAGCUCGGCGUGGACACUCACACCGCCAUGGAGCUGCUGUGUCUUCUGGGGGCCGCACUGAGCUUCGCUGCAACGCUGGUGGAGUCUCUGCGAGACAGCGUGGUGUUUUUCUGCCUUUGGGCCCUGUACCUGUCCAUGUACCAGGUGGGCCAGGUUUUUCUCUACUUUCAAUGGGACAACUUGCUCCUGGAGACAGGGUUCCUCUGUAUCCUUGUGGCUCCACUAACGUUACUCAGAGGGUCGCGAGGGGUCAGAGAGCACGACCACCUGACCUUCUGGCUGACCCGUUGGCUGCUGUUCAGGCUCAUGUUUGCCUCUGGUGUGGUGAAGCUCAUGUCCCGCUGCCCAACAUGGUGGGGCCUUACCGCUCUGACGUAUCACUACGAGACGCAGUGUCUCCCCACCUCGCUGGCCUGGUUUGCCCACCAGCUGCCAGUGUGGUGGCAGAAGCUGAGUGUGGUGGGGACCUUCGUCAUAGAGAUCGUUGUACCGCUGCUCUUCUUCAGUCCUCAGCGCAGACUCCGGAUCGGGGCUUUUUACUUGCAGGUGUUGCUCCAAGUGCUCAUCAUUUUGACCGGCAACUACAAUUUCUUCAACCUGCUGACUUUGGCUCUCUGUCUGUCGCUGCUGGACGACCAGCAUGUAAACUUCUGGCUACGCAAGGCAGACAAGAUCAGCAAAAAUGACUCCAGGCUGUGUUCCUGGCUGUGUUCCUGGCUGUGUUACCUGCUGGAGCUGGCAGUCUGGUCUCUCAUGAUCUUCGGAUCAGUUCUAUGCUUUGACCUGAAGUUGGACUCAACAAAGAAGGGCAUCACCUCCAAGACAGCUUUCACAUACCACCAGUUUAACCAGUUUCUGCAGACGGUCACCAUCCCCUUUAUCUGGAUCGGUGUCCUCUCUCUCACCUGGGAGAUGGUCACAGCCAUGUUCAGGUGUGCAUGUGUCUCCGGUUUCCUGAAGAGGUUUUGGGGAACUCUGCAGUGGUCUGUGUUUGCUGCUGCCACUGCAGCUAUGUUCACCGUCAGUCUGGUGCCAUACAGCUAUAUAGAGUACGACUCUCACGGCAAGCUGUGGCCCGGGGUGCGUCGGGCCUACGACCUGGUGGAUCGCUUCCAGCUGGUUAACUCUUACGGCCUUUUCAGAAGGAUGACCGGGGUCAGCGGGCGGCCGGAGGUCGUCAUCGAGGGAAGCAACGACGCAGUCUCCUGGACGGAGAUUGAGUUUAUGUACAAGCCAGGCAACCUAAGUGCCCCCCCAGCUGUGGUGACUCCUCACCAGCCGCGGUUGGACUGGCAGAUGUGGUUUGCUGCCCUCGGGGAUCAAACACAGGCACCAUGGUUCACCAGCCUCAUGUACCGCUUGCUGCAGGGCAAGAGAGAUGUGAUAGAGUUGAUCCAGACGGACGUGUCACAGUAUCCGUUCCACCAGGAGCCCCCCGCCUACCUCCGAGCGCACCGCUACAGAUACUGGUUUACUGAACCCAAGGCUGAUGGAUCCUACCCAGAGCGUUGGUGGAGGCGGGUCUAUGAUGAGGAAUUCUAUCCCACGGUGCACUUGGGCAACACCUUCCUGGAAACCAUGCUCACUCAGUAUGGACUCAAGGACAAAUCUCCUCCGCGUCCUUUGCCUAACACCCCUGUGGCCAAGGCGGUGCGGUGGGUGCGCUCUCAGGUCAGAGGAGUUCCUGCCCCCGUGCUCAUCUGGACCCUCAUCGCCUGCAGCGCCACCCUCUGUCUGCUCCACAGACUGCAGAGCAGGAACAAACACACAGAAAGAACAGCAGGCACUCAGAAGGAAGCUACGACCGAUCAGACAGCAAAUGCACCUGACAGCGCUCCAGACACGGAUGGGAAGUCAGAUGAAGAGCAGGAAGCAGAAGAGGAGGAAGAGGAGGAGGAAGAAGAAGAGGAAGAUGGAGGGGACUGUGAAGAUGAGGUGGAGGACUGCGAAGGAGAGGAGAAAUACCCUGUUGGGGACGACAAAGAAGAGGAAGACGGGAUGGAAACAGAGGAGAUCCUUAAAAGAGGAAGUUUUAAAAAGAAGAUGCUUAUCCCAUGAUGAACUGUUAUCACCGUCUGCCUUUUAUAAAUGUUACGAAAAUGACCAAAGAAGGUAUAUGUGUAUAUUUGUCAUUCCUGAUCAGCCAAUUAUAAAACAAAUCUCCCAUCUACACCUUACUGCUUUUCAUGUUCCUUAUAUCAGUCUGUUCACAAUCACUUAAUUCAGCAGAUCAAGAUGUUUAUAUUUUUGAAAGAAAAGAGAACUAUAAAAAUGUAAAUAUAAGCAGUCUUCUGUUCCACUCAUUAAGAGAGUAAUGGUUGCUCAUGUUACUCUGUGUGUGUUGUUGCACUUGUAUGUUAAUUCAGGUGUGUGUUUGCAGGUGUUAUUUGUUUGUUACUGUGAUCUUUUGCUCUAUCAACUACACUCCACUUUUCCUUUUUUUAUUCCCCAGAUAUAUAAAUUCCUCAAAUGUAUCAAGAUAUGAAAUGAAUCCCCAGACAAAUUGAUGUGGUUUGUUUUUAAAUGUUUUUUUAUUACAUAUUAAAGAAUAAUUAAAAAAA